AUGAAGUCAUUCCUGUGUAUUGCCUUGGUUGCGGCCAUCGUGGCUGCCGUGAGUUGCGCUCCGCAGUUCGGAUUCGGUGCCUCGGGGUCGGCUGCUAACGCCGGAGCUCAGUCGUUCAACCAGGGAGGCUUCGGAGGAUUUGGACCCCACGGUGGUGGUGGCUUCUCGGGAUCGGCCGCAAACGCAGGCUCGCAAUCCUUCACCCAGGGCGGAUUUGGUCCCCAUGGCGGUUUCAGCGGUUCGGCAGCUAACGCAGGUGCCCAGAGCUUCUCGGGCGGUGCCGGAGGUUUCCCAGGCUUUGGUGGAUUCAGUGGGUCGGCGGCGAACGCAGGUGCGCAGUCACAGACGUUUAGCGGUUAA